CCACAUUACGUGUCUUGCGAGGUGCGAUAGGGCGAGGAUUGGGCAACCCAAUUUUAAUCACUAGUAAACAACUCCUUCGUAUGAUCAUCUAGGCAUGCUUCCCAUACAGUCGGGUGCUUACCCGAUGCCCACGUGGGAGGAAGCUCUGGGAUACCGUUGAACCUCAAGGUCGUGCCGAUGUCACCAUGAAUUGACUUCAUAGACCAGGAUGGAUUACCAUUCCCUUAUAUGCGGGUCAAUGGCUCCAUAUAAGUAGUUCUUGUCUCCCUACUAUGUACGUGAUGUGAUUCUUGCUUUCGUUGCGUGCGUCCACUCUUGUCUCCGACCCCCUAUCAUGGCCUCCUCGCUUCUUCUUGGGGCAUCUCUGGCUGCAGUCGGUGUGUCUGCCGCGGGUCAAAUUUUGGCUCCUACGCAAGACAUCAACUACCCGUCAAGCGGCAGUGCCAUCGAUCCUCUGAAAUGGCUCGGGGCCAAUGGUCCUUGGUAUGCCGGCCCCAAUGUCAAUGACAUUUCGCCUGAAGUCCCCGAGAACUGCUAUGUGGACCAGGCCGCCUAUGUUCUUCGUCAUGGUUCGAGGUAUCCCGAUGCUGGCGCUUAUGAUGGAUGGGUAGAGAUGCAGUCAAGGUUUUACGCAGGGAACUACACUGCAAGUGGGAGUCUGUCUUUCCUGCCAGAGUGGAAGACGGUCCUAACCAACCCGCCACUCCAAAUCGCCAUGGAGAACCCCACUGGGGCGAAAGAAGCACAUGACCUGGGCUAUACACUUCGAACAAGAUACCCGGACCUGUAUCAAGAUGGGGAUGAAUUCAUGGUCUGGGCCAACAACUACACCCGGGUCCUCCAAACGGCUCAAAUGUUCGUCCGUGGCUUCCUCGGAUUUUCAGCCCCGGCAAACGGCAGCGUCGUCUCAGUGACAUCGAAAGGCUUCGCAGCCGGCAUUGGCGACUCCUUGGCUCCGUCAGACAUGUGCCCAAACUUCGAAGAUGCUUCGGGUGGAGACAACAAAACCAUAUGGGACAAUAUCUGGAUUCCCCCCGUUCAGGAGCGCCUGCAAGCGCUCAUUGACGGCAACCUCACCCUAACAGCCAGCGAUAUAGCUCAGAUCCCGUACUUGUGCGGAUUCGAGAGCCACAUCACCGGACGACUAUCCCCAUGGUGUGACGUCUUUACCGACGAGGAGCUGAAGCAGUACGAGUACUCCAACGAUCUCCGCUAUUACUAUGGCAUAGGCCCUGGGACCGACCUCCCGCAGAAGAUGAUGACGCCAUACCUCAACGCGCUUAUCGAUCUCUUCGAGCAAGGGCCGGGGAUCACCGGUACCGACGCUGAUGGGUCGACCUUCGAGCUGCCUAAGCUGCUCAUGUCGUUUUUGAACGACGGACAACUGACUGAACUUGUCACCGCUAGUGGUGUUUUUGACGAACAAGCCCUUCUGUCACCAACGGAGAAAGAUGAUGACCGAUUAUGGGUAGGGUCUCGAUAUGUAUCGAUGCGAGGCACUAUCGCUUUUGAACGACUCAACUGCAUCAUCUCUGGAGGCGAUGAAACAAGCACCAUCCAAUACCCCAACGCCACCGCAUCUGCGGGACCCUCAACCGCCCCAACGACCCUGUCGACCUCAGCUCUAGCCACAGCAUCAACAAUCCGCGUCUUCCCAACUCCCGCCCCUACAUCUGCCAUCCUUGACCGCCGCCAGUCUUCGAACGCCACUUACAUCCGUAUCCGCCUGAACGACGCUGUAUACCCGGUGCCCUCUUGUAAGAACGGGCCGGGCUCGUCGUGUCUGCUGAGCGAUUAUGUCCAGUAUGUUCAGACGAAGUAUGAGGCGCAGGGUGAUUGGAUUACCAAUUGUAAUGUGACUAUUGAGGGAGCGCCUACGAAGGUUAAGGGGGCGAGUUUCUAUACGGAUUUGAGCAGCCCUUGGCUGCAGCGUAUCGCGCCAUAGCCGGGGGGUUAAGGAUGGGUGGGCAUGGAUAAGAAUCGUUAUAGUAUCAACGCAAUGGUGGAAUCAAAUGGCAAGGAUGUCUUUAUUACGGCGUAGAAGUUUCCGGCCAUGGCCAUCCUGCUCAAUGGGCUUGAACUAGAGUACUUGCAAGGCUUA